AUGGCUCACAGAUUUCACAUCAACACGACACAUAUCCACAUGAAAUGGGAUAGAUCUCUUACUCCCGCUUUAACGGUUGAUUCUGGUUCCGAGAUAUCAUUUGAUCUACUCGAUGGCGGUUCCAAUCAAAUCACCGACACCUCAGACAUCACCGCAGUUCAAAACUUUGAUGUCUCAAAGGGCGAUCCUGCAUUUGGCCCCGUCUACAUCAAUUCCGCGUCUCCAGGCGAUGUUCUAAAAGUCGAAUUUCUAUCCCUCAGACCAGCUGAUUAUGGCUGGACAGCCUGUCUACCCGGCUCAUUCGAAUUUGGUCUUCUAGCCGACGAAUAUCCAGAAGCGUCUCUCAAGAUAUGGGAUCUUUCAAAGGGAGAAGACUUUGCGGUGUUCAAAGAAGGAAUACAUGUACCCAUUAAACCGUUUUUGGGUGUAGUAGGGGUCGCACGUGGAGAAGAGGGUGAAUUUUCGACAAUUCCUCCUUAUGAAACUGGCGGGAACAUCGAUUGCAAAUAUAUUACUCAAGGGUCUGUUCUUUACCUUCCAGUCAAAGUUCCAGGCGCUUUAUUUAGCUGUGGAGAUGGGCACGCUGCGCAGGGAGAUGGAGAAGUUUGUGGAACGGCUAUUGAGACACCUAUGAAAGCUACGAUUCGGUUGACAGUUGAAAAAGGCAAACCGUGGGUUCAAAGUCCUCAUUUCUUGAUCCCCCCUCAGCCAGUCACAGUGGACAAAGGAGAAUAUGCUGCUCUAGGGAUUGAUAGUGAUCUCAGAGAAGCAAGUAGAAAGGCAUUGAGAGGAUUGAUAGCUUGGUUGGUAGCAGAGAAAGGUCUGGGUAGCCAGGAAGCAUAUAUGCUUAGCAGUGUGGCUGCGAAUCUGAAGAUUGCGGAGAUAGUUGACAUGCCAAAUUAUGCGGUGGCUUGUAGUAUACCUUUGAGCAUCUUUGUUGGUGCGCCGUACGUUUGA